CCCCACGCGGCACAUCCCUCGGCUCCCAGUGCGGGAAAGCGAGAUCCUUCCGCGGCUCCUCCUCCCUCUCGACUCUCCCCUUUCCCCUUCCCGUUCCGGACGCCCUGGCGGCCCAACCCCGGGAUCUAGGCCCGGCGGCGGGGCUCCGGUUGACGCAGGGCGCGUGAAAAGCGCCCGCCCGCCGGGCCGGAAGGUCGCAGCCGCCGCCGGCUCCGACCUCCGCCAAGCCUUCCUUCCCCCUCCCCCGCACGCUAAGACUACACGGCCGGGGGGCCGGGCGGGGGGCACCUCCGGAGCCGCGCGCGGCCUCGGCCCGCAAUUUCCGGAGCCGGGCCCCCGCAGCCGGAGCCGGGACGCUGCUGGAGGGACAAAGAGCCCCACGGGGGCAGCGCCCGGAGACUGACAAACGCCUUGCCCUUUAAUCCCUAUUACAUCCCCAUUUUACAGAGCUGACCCUCAGGGUCAGAUGGGUAAAAGUCCCCCCACCCCCAAACUCUCCAGCUCUAACCCACUGCCCCAGCCCUUCCAUGCGGGCGGGCGCUGGGUUCCUCACCCAGGUGCUCAUCACUUUGCCCCCCUGUUACAGUCCUGCUCCAUUCCAGGUGGACCAUUCUAUGGUGUCUCGCCUAUUGCCACUGUCAGGCAGUCCCCCUCAGUAUCUAGCCUGAAGCCCUUAUGCUGCUGCUGCUUCAGCGCAGUGCCUCUGGCUUUGGAGAGAGAUGGAAAAGGAACUCUCCUCUCUCUUUUUAAAAUUUAUUUAUUUUUGGCUGCAUCGGGUCUUCGUUGCUGUGCACGGGCUUCCUCUAGUUGCGAACCCGCGCCUGGUCGUCUUCCAAGAGACCACAGAGGUCAACACCACACAGCUGCCACCCUUCACUACCAGGGGUGAGCUGCUCAACUGGGCGGAUACAAAGGGUCCCAUCACCUCUGCUGCUGAGCUGAACAAUCCCCAAAGCAUCCUCCUCCGUCUGGACCAAGCCCCGAGGUCACCGUCUUCCUGCAGUCUGGAACCCCACAAGGACAUGGGCCACACACUCGAAUGGAGCCCUAACGCCCAGGCCUCCGUCCGGGGCUGCCGCUUGGAAGGUGUGGCCGGCCACAAGGAGGCGCACAUCCUGAGGGUCCUGCCGGGCCCAGAAGCCUGGCCCCGGACGGUGACCGUGAAGGUGGAGCUGAGCUGUGCUUCGAGGGAUCCCGACGCCGCCGUGCUCAUCCUUCAGGGUCCACCCUACGUGUCCUGGCUCAUCGACGCCAACCACAACAUGCAGAUCUGGACCACUGGUGAAUACUCCUUCAAGAUCUUUCCGGAGAAGAACAUCCGUGGCUUCCACCUCCCAAACACAACCCAAGGCCUGCUGGGGGAGGCCCGGAGGCUCAACGCCAGUGUAGUAGCAUCCUUUGUGGAGCUCCCUCUGGCCAGUGUCGUCUCUCUGAGGGCACCCAGCUGUGGCAGUGGGCUGCAGCCCUCACCCACACCGGUCCAGACCACCCCUCCCAAGGAGGGCUGCAACCAGGAGCUGCUCCUGUCCCUGAUCCAGCCCAAGUGCUCCGAAGACGUCAUGACUUUGGUACUCAACAAAGAUCUCAUCUCGACUCUGAGGUGCACCAUCACGAGCCUGACCUUCUGGGACUCCAGCUGCCAGGCUGAGGACAGAGAUGACCAGUUUGUCUUGCGCAGCGGCUACUCCAGCUGUGGCAUGAUAGUGACAGAAAAUGUGAUCAGUAACGAGGUGAUCGUCAACCUCCUGUCAAGCUCAUCACCACAGCAGAAAAAGGUGCAGUGCAUCAACAUGGACAGCCUCUCCUUCCAGCUGGGCCUCUACCUCAGCCCGCACUUCCUCCAGGCCUCCAACACCAUCGAGCUGGGGCAGCAGGGCUUCGUGCAGGUGAGCGUGUCCCCAUCGAUCCCGGAGCUCACGAUCCAGCUGGACAGCUGCCAGCUGAAUCUGGGGCCUGACAUGGAAAUCGUGGAACUCAUCCAGAGCCAGGCAGCCAAGAGCAGCUGUGUGAGCCUGCUGUCCCCGAGCCCUGGUGGUGAUAUGCGCUUCAGCUUCCUCCUCCGUGGCUACAUGGUGCCCAUGCCCACGACUAGCAUCCUCAGCUGCACCGUAGCCCUGCGUCUCAGCACUUGGUCCCUGGACGUCCAGAGGACUGUCUCCACACGCCUGAACGUUGUCAGCCCUGGCCUGCAUGACAAAGGCCUCGUCCUGCCCGCCGUGCUGGGCAUCACCUUUGGCGCCUUCCUCAUUGGGGCCCUGCUCACCGCCGCGCUCUGGUACAUCUACUUGCACACGCGUCACCCCGGCAAGCGGGAGCCCGUGGUGGCGGUGGCUGCCCCGGCCUCCUCGGAGAGCGGUAGCACCAACCACAGCAUCGGGAGCACCCAGAGCACCCCCUGCUCCACCAGCAGCAUGGCGUAGCGCCCAGCCUGGAGUCCUGGGGGCCACCCAGCCAGCCCUUGCCUAACAGGAGAGACUGAGCGGCCACCAGCUGGGAACCAAUGGCCAUGAACUUAUCCUGGGACCCCAGCCCCUCCACUCGAGCAAGGAUGGACAAGGCCCUCUGUGCCCGCCCCUCCCGCCUCCCUCUCCAAGGCCUGCUGCCAGUGGGGGCACCAGCUUGGAACACCUUGGGGUCCCCCCACCCCACCACGAACCUUCAAACCCAGUGGGCCUGGGGUACGGCUGCCCAGGACCACGGAGAGAGAGUCCGCUGCGCUAUAUGUCCACAUUGCUGUAGAAACCCAAGGCCCUGUAGUUUUAACCUGGAUCCAGUACUCGGUGACAUGGGCUGGGCAGGAGCUGAGAACUCCAAAACGGACUCAGCCCAGCCCACCCAGGCUGACAGCGCCUCCUCCAUGGAAACAGCCAGCCCAGAGCCACCUGGACCUGCUCCCAUCGGCCUCUACAUCUGGACUGGCCCAACUUUGACGGGGGAAACAGAAGCCUAGCGGCGCCCAGCCUGGAAGUGAAUGGGGGAGCCUAGCUCCUCCCUGCAACUGUCACAGAGAGACCCCCCACCCCACCCCACCCCCGGGCAGCCAGGCUGCCUGUCCUGGGCCCACCCCUAUAUACUCACCACCAAUAAAUCAGACCAUGAAACCAAUGCUGGCCUGGGCUGA